CAGUGGACAACAACAAGGGAGGAGGAGGAGGAGGAGCAGCAGCAGCAGCAGCAGCAGCAGCAGCAGAGCCAACGUAGAACUUGGAGUGGCACGCAGCACACUUGAUCCUCGUAACGGAGGCAGGAUACUUGACCAGCGUCUGGCACACGAUGCAGGCGUCCACCAAAAGGUCAAGAGAAGCCAUGGUGAAGAAGCAGAAGAAGCACUUUCCCCAUGGCCUUUGUGUUGACCCAACUCCAGCUGCCCUCGGCGGUGCUCAAGGCCUUUGUGAGCUCCUCCCCCUCCUCCUCCUCCUUGGUCCUCUGCAAGAUCAACACCCUCGAGGUCUACGCUCCUGCUGCUGCUGCUGCCUCUGCCGCCAGACCCCUCGCUGUGCACCUCUUCCACGACCUCUUCCUCGACCUGGUGCUGCUCCUGCCGCUGCUGCUCCUCCUCCUCACCCACUCCGGCACCCUCUCGCUCCUUGUCCUCCACCACACCCAGCUCCUCGUCCACCACUCGCUCCUCGUUCCCUCGCUCCUCAACGUCCCCUCUUCCUCCUUCGACACCAGCUCCUUCCUCCUCGCUGAUCCCCUCGGCGCCUUCUUCCUCAUCUGUUCCAGCUCCAUUGUGCGCCUCUACCGCCUUCACAACGACCUCGUCUUCGAUCCCCAUCCCGUCGUCGCCUCCAUUGGCACCACCUCCAUCUACGCCCACGCCCUCUUCCGCAGCACCACUCUCGCCUUGAUCACCUUCCACAACCACUCCUUCGCUCUCUCCCUCUUCAACAUCAGCAAUGCUCUCAUCCUCUCCCGCCUGGUCCUGUUCCCCUUCAUGAACAGUCUCAAUGAGCUCCCUUCCAAACUACUCAUCGAAUUGGCCUCGCUGAACGCCUGUCUACUCCUCUCCGAGAACCACUUCUUCCUCUUUCCUCUCUCCCCCGACACCACCAUCUCUUUCACUCGCAGCAUUCCCAAUCCCUCCCUCUUUUCGACUGCCAACUACUCCUACAUUCGCUUUUCCUCUACAAGUGCUCUCCCCAUCAACGCCAUCUCCUACAACCUCCUCCACGAAGAUCGCUCCAACGGCGACGUCAAAAUCAUCCUCAACUCCUCCAAUGGCGAUCUCUACCUCCUCUAUCUCAAAAUCCUCUCCUCUCCCAACCCACACAACAACCGCCCCUCUCUAUCGGUCGAAAAGUUUCUCUUCACCAACCUCGGCAAGCUAACCAUCGCCAACCACAUUCUCUCUCUCUCCAACACCUCCUUCUUGGCCACUUCAAACCUCUCCCAGUCCCUACUCUUCACCCUAUCGCCCUUCUACCCUUUUAUCAACAUCACCCGCUUCCUCUCCUUCUCCAGCCCCCCAAUCAUCCAUCUUGCCUCCUCCAACUUCCAUCUCACCACCAUCUACUACUCCUCCGGCGGCACCCAAUCCGGCGAAUUCAACCGUCUUUCAAAGGGCAUCUCUUCCUCAAUCUCUCUCUCCAUCUCCCCAAACUCCAAUCUCAAUCUCAAUCUCAAUCUCAAUCUCAAUUACUGCUACCUCGACCACUUCGACUUGCUAAUCCUCAAUUCCAACUCAUCUCUUUCCUUCUUCUCUCUAUCUCAACCUAUUCCUACCAGCACACCCCAAACUACACCUCCCUCUCUCACUCUAUCUCAAUACUCAAAUGACAUACUUUUAUCCGAAACCAAAAACCACUUCUUAUCUUCCUUCAUCUCAAUUAACCCAUCUGAACCAGAAUCUUUAUUGGACAUUAAAUUCUUUUCUUCUUUAAAUCGCCUAGUUAUAAUAACCUCUCGAAACUUGAAAAUCUUCAAUAUCCACUCCCACUAUCUCGACCCAUCGGCUUAUACCUUGAUUUUCAACCAAAAGUUGCCCACAAACUUGACUUGCAACCCCAUCAUCCUCAAAACAGCAGAAGUCAUUUACCUUCACAACCACACCUUCACUCUCAUCCAUAAACACUCUUCCAACAACCCACCUCUUCAAUCCUCCUCCUUCUCAACCAACGCCCACCUCGGCGAAAUAUCCUCUUUUAACUGCACUCCCCUAUCCGACUCUACUUACCUACUAGCCGUAUCCAACUGGGAGGGCUCUCUCUUUCUAAUCAAAUUUCACUCCCUUUCCAACUCCUACCAAUUCAAAUCUUUCACUUUCGAAAUCACUCUAAACUCACUCAUCUUUAAAAUCAUCAACAACAACACCAUCUACCUAAUCUCAUCCACUAACGAAGGCAACAUCAUCUACUCCCUCUUCAAUUCAAACUUAAACUCACUUUCCAAUCUCAAUAUAUCAAUCUUUAAAACUUUCAAUUUCAAUCAAAACAAAAUAACUCUAAUAGACCAAUUCCACUCUCCAAACAUCUUCUACAUUUUAUCCGAAAAUACAAACUACUUAUCUACCAUAAUCACACAACAAAACCUCACCAACCAUUCUCAAUCUCAUUUUCCAUUUAAAUUCGGCUCACUAACAAUAUCCGAUAUCAAAUCAAUCAAUCUAAUCCAAUUCAACACUGACAACACUGACAAUACUAACAAUAAUAAUUACUUUAUUUCCUGCAAAAAUGAUAACACAAUCGAAUUCAAUAAAUUCACAAACACCAUCUCAACAACAUCACAAAAUUUACAACUAAUCGCCUUCAAAAACGUUCACAACACCUUGUUUUUUAAAAAAUUCAUCAUCAAAUUUCUCAUCUUAGAUGACCUCAGAUUAGCCGUUCUCGUCCUACUACUGGAAAAAUUCAACCAUAACACUUACCAGUCGAUCAAAUUCACUGAGCUAAUACUACUCGACCUUGACAACUUCAAAAUACUACACUCCUACAAUCUACAAGAUGGCUGGGUCGUCACAGACAUUGAACGAGCAAACUUCAAACAUCUUCUCUCAGUCGAUUUGAAAUCCACCUUUCAUGACACAACCCCAACAUGGCUAAAAAUGAAAAUGAAAAACUUAUUUCUCGUCUCAUGCUGUAACUACAACAAAAACGAAGCAGGUUUCAAAAUUAUCAUUUUUUCAAUCCAUCUAAUCAAAAGAAUAAUAUUGCUCGAAUCAGAAACAAUCCACAACACCGACCUAAAAAUGAGCUUAACUGGCGGUCUAUUGAACUACUCAAACAGAAUAAUACUAUGCAUCAGAGACACAUUAACCGCCUUCAAAUUGGCUUACAAUUCCCAAAAAAACUCAUUCUACCUCCUAAAAAUUUACGAUAAAAAAUUAAAACCAAGAAUUUUCUCCAAAAUCGAUUGCUUUGAUGAGUCAAAUGGCUUUAUCGUUGCAACUGACAUUUUUAAUGGGCCCUUGUACUUUAAAGUCGCUCUAAUCGAAUACACAAGUCAUAACCCCGAAACCGAAGAUUUAGAUCAACCUGUUAGAAUUGAAUUCAAUAAAUUCCACUACGGAAAUAUUCUAAAUUCCACUUCCAGCAUUAGCAUAAACGAUAGCUUAUAUCUAAUAGUUGACAGAAAUAACAACUUCUGUAUUGAAUAUUACUCUUCUGAAAUGAUAAAUACCGGAAAAACUUUAUCUAUGUUCAAUAUCGGCGAUAGAAUUAAUAUCGUGGCAAAGGCUAGCUCAAAUAAUAAUGUACUAUUUUUAAAAAAAACCAUUCUAAAGUUGAUAAAAAACAUCAACAAAAACAAAAAUGCAUCGGAACCAGCUGCUCAAGAUAUAAACUAUUUAAAUUAUCAAAAUGAAAAUGAAAAUGAAAAUGAAAAUGAAAAUGAAAAUGAAAAUGAAAAUGAAAAUGAAAAUGAAAAUGAAAAUGAAAAUGAGAAUGAAAACGAAAGUGAAGAUGAUAUUGAAAAUCAAAGACAAAAUCGAAACCAAAAUGAACCUGAAAGUGAUAGCGGAAAUGAAUUCGGAUAUGAAAUUGAAUCCGAAAUCGAAAUCGAACCCGAAAUCGAACCCGAAAUCACACAAAAAAUAACCCCAAUUUCAAUCUUAGGAUCUGUUAAUGGCGGAAUCUUUUUAGUGAGCCUUAUUGAAAAUCCUCAAUUGGUUGAAAAACUCAAAUCAAUUGAAGAAAAAAUUAAAAAUUUAAAACAAGAAUCCUCAAACGAUAUCAAUUACAAGGAAAGAUUGAAAUCUUUUAGAUAUCCAGUUAAUGAAUCCAUAUCGAAAACUAAUCAAAUGAAACUGCUUAUGAAUCUAGUUGAUGGAACGAUUUUACAAUCAUACAUCGAUUCUUCUAAAGAAUUUAAAACUCUCUGUAAUUUUACUCAAGAGGAAAAAGAACUAAUUAAUAAAAUGGAUGAUUUAUUAUUGUAACUAUAAUUAAAUAUGCCAAGAGAAAAAAAAAAAAAGCUAGGAAAAGUGAAUAA